AUGUCUUCAGAACACGAACAUCGACAAUUGGGUGGCUACAAAGCUACACUCCAUAACCCCAAUGCUUCAACCGAAGCGAAAGCGCAUGCCGCCGAGAUUCUCGAAGAAAAUGGUAUCGACGUAAACGAUCAAUCUACCGAGAAACAUCAUGAUGGUCAUGCCCACUCUGGGAACCACCAAGCUCAUGAUGGUCAUGCUCAUAAGAACGAUCAACUUUCUGAGCAUGAACACAGGGUUUUAGGUGGUUAUAAAGCCGCUUUGCACAACCCCAAUGUCUCAGAAGAAGCCAAACAACACGCCAAAGAAGUCCUUGGACAAACCGAGGACAAGGACGACGAGCACGAACAUAGGGUUCUGGGUGGAUACAAGGCCGCUUUACACAACCCCAACGUGUCCGCCGAUGCUAAAGAACACGCUAAAGAAGUCCUUAAAGAGCAUCAUGCAGAUGCUGCCUAG